ACACGAAUGUGUUUUAAAAUUUGACCUGCAACUUUCCAGUGAUAAAGUCGAGUUGUCUGUGUCAUUGGUCCAUGGUCAUGACUAUCAUAAAUUAUAAUAGUCUGUCACUGUGAACCCUCGCAGUGAUUGUGAAUUUGAGCUCUUUUCCCCGAUCUUCACUUCGAGCUGCUAGAAGAGAAAAAUUGAAAUUUGAAAAUGUGGAAGCGUCUGGUUCUUGUGGUGCUUUUUGCGGCUGUGGUCAGUCAUUUGAUUGCUAUCAUAAAGAUUCUGGGUUUAGAGAAAACAAUUUACAAUGUCAAACCAGGUGACUGCCAGUUUGUUCGUGGAAUAGAACAUGGCUCGGAGGAUUUGGAGCUUUUAUCAGAUGGCAUUGUGAUUGUAUCAGAGGGCUAUUUGCCAUUCAAAGACCGUGUCGAAGGAGCACCAAGAGGUCAUCUAUUUGGUUAUGACGUCAACAAUCAUGAAAAUGGAGCCAUCGAGUUGAAGAUCAAGGGUGAUUACGUCAUCAACACGCUUCAUCCACAUGGCAUUGCAGCAUUCGAAGAUAAAGACACAGAAAAGACAUUUGUUUUUGUCAUAAACCACCAUGUUGGAUUUGAUGUCGUGGAUAUCUUUGAGUUUGAUCGAAGCACGAUGUCUUUAGCAUUUCUCAAAUCAAAGAGAGAUCCUCUAAUGAAAAGUGUGAAAAACUUAAUAGCGACAGGACCGGAAUCCUUUUUUAUUACCAAUGAAGGCUACUUCCUCAACCCACGUAUGAGGUCUCUUGAAGAGAUGCUCUUAUUGAGAACGGGAUACAUUCUUUUUUGUGACAUCACUGGCUGCAAGCAAGUAUCGGAAUCGUUAAACGGUCCAAACGGUAUUGAUAUCUCUAAGGAUGGCAGGUAUCUCUACGUUUCUCAAUUUUUUUCGAGGCAAAUCCGUGUAUACGAACGAAACACGGCCGACAAUUCCCUUACACCAAAUAAGGGUAUUUACGUCAUUGAUCUCGGAACGACACCCGACAAUAUUUUUGUGGACGAAUCUGGUGAUAUAUGGGCUGGGUGCAUCAAAGUUCUAUCCACGGCUCUUUCAUAUAUGGAUACAAAGGAAGGACUAGUCCCAUCUCAGGUCCUACGAAUAAGAGUUGGAUCCAACGAUUAUGAAAUGUCUGAAGUUUACAGUGAGGAUGGCAGGAAUAUUACGAUGUCAACCAGUGCUGUCUACCAUAGAGGCGUCCUACUCAUUGGAUCAUUGCAUGAACGAAUGAUGCGUUGCCAAGUUAAUACGCUUUAGUGAGCAGAUGUUAGUAUUCUCGAAAUGUUAUCCAUCCAAUACACUAAAAGAGAGCAUGAAGAUUAAAGAGGCCAAUUUGAUAAUGAUUAGCCCAAAUUCGUCCUGUGAUCUCACAUUUUAAAUGUUUGUAAUAACCCCUUUCUUUGGCCAGAUUUAUUUCAAAAUCCGAUUAUUCUAUUUCUCGUAUGGUUCUGCUUGCAUAAAAAAUGAAGCAAGGGAAUGUAUUUCCUUUCAAAUUAAUUCAUUAGUGUUCAU